GGACGAGUACACCAAGUUCAUUUCGGAUCACGGAGGUACCACAAACGCCUACACGGCCGCGGAACACACCAACUACCACUUCGAUGUGAACUGGGAGGCGCUGGCGGGCGCGUUGGACCGCUUCGCGCAGUUUUUCAUCGCCCCCACCAUCAGCGAGGACGGCAUCGAGCGGGAGGUCAUGGCAGUGGAUUCCGAGCACGGCAAGAACCUGUCCUCCGACGCCUGGCGCAAGAGCCAGGUCAGCAAGGCAACCGCCAACCGCACACACCCCUGGGCGCGCUUCUCAUCAGGCAACCGUGAGACGCUGUUCACGGGUCCCAAGGCCGCAGGUGCCGACCCGCGGGUCGCUGUGGUGGACUUUUACAACGCCCACUACUCGGCCGACCGCUGCGCCCUGGCGGUGCUGGGGCGGCAGCCGCUGGGGGAGCUGGAGGAUAUGGUUCGGGAGCUGUUCGCGCCCGUGCCCAACAAGCAGCUGCCGCCCCCCUCCUUCGCCAGCGACAUGUUCCUGCCCGAGCAGCUGGGUGUGAUGCUGCGGGUGGUGCCGGUGCGGGAGGGACAGAGCCUGGAGCUGACGUGGCAGGUUCCCCCCUCCUCCCGCUCCUUCCGCGAGCACCCGCUGGGUUACCUGAGCCACCUGCUGGGGCACGAGGGCGAGGGCAGUGUAUUCGCGCUGCUCAAGGCGCGCGGGUGGGCGAGUGCGCUGUGGGCGGGGGAGAGCGGUGGCACACUUACCUUCGCCAGCCUGUUCACGGUUCACGUGGACCUGACGGAGGAGGGCGAGCGGAACAUCCGUCGGGUGGCAGCCUGCGUGUUCAGCUACCUGGGACUGUUGAGGGCCCCGGGCGGCAUCAGUCAGGCAGUGCAUGAGGAGGUUCGCGGCCUGGCCCAGCUCCAGUUCGACACGCGGGACAAGUCGCGACCGCUCACCUACUGCACCAACAUCGCCAACGGACUGCAGCUCUACCCGCCGCAGGACAUGCUGCCUGCCCUGUACGGCGUCCCCCGUGUGUUUUCCCCCGAGGCUAUCCGGGAGUUCUUAGAACUCCUCACACCCGCUCGUGUACGGCUGUUCUGGAUUAGUAAGAGCCAUCUCAAGUCCUCGUCACAUGAGACCGCUAGCAGCAGCGCUUCUGACACUGCUGCUGCUGCCACUGCUGGCGCUGCUGCUGCUACGGGCAAUGGUGCCGAUGACGUCAGCAACAACAACGGCAACAGCAACAGCAAUGGCAAUGGUGCCGUACUCCUGACUGAGCCGAUAUACGGCACUCGGUACGACAUCUCCCCCCUGCCCCG